AUGACCCCCACAGUCACCGCCAUCUUUUUCCUGACCGUCUGUGUCACCUCAGUCUGGUCCUUGAAGUGUGUGCAGUGCACUGGUUUCAGUAACACCCCCUGCACCGGCAGCUUACAGGACUGCGCCUCCGUUAGUGAUGCCUGCGGGACGACGGUGAUCCGCACCAGAGGAUACCGCUGGACGAGCUUUUACUACAUCCGCUCCUGUGUGAGUACCACCGAGUGCUUCAAUAACGCGAGUGUGACCGGUCUGUACGCGACCACAGCGUCCGGAACGACGUGCUGCUUCACUGACAACUGCACCACCUCCGUGCCGACCCUACCAGUGGAAAAUUACACCUUGAAUGGGUUAAUGUGCCCGUCCUAUGUGGAAACCCUUAUGGAACCCUGUGAUAUAAAGAACGUGUCAUCCUGCACCGGAGAUCAGAUACAUUGUGUCCGAUAUUCAGCGACUACAACAUUAGAAUCCACUAAAUCCACCCUUUAUUUUGGUGGAUGUGCCACGGAGAACACGUGUGCCAUGGCGAGCAGUUCAAUCUAUGGAGAUGGAAUCAGCAUGGAAAUUAAGAGGAAGUGCUACAACAGCGCAGACAGUCUCUACUACAGUUUACCCAUGAUCCUAGGGUUCCUCAGACUUGUUCUCUCAAUGUGA